CGUUGCAUCAAGCGGCGUGCAGCAGCAGCAGCAGCAGCAGGCUUAGACUUCCAUUGUUCCUGUUUCAUCACAGGCAGAGCUCCGUGCCCCCCCUUCAAGAGGCAGGACAGGGAAAACAGGGAAAGACUUGUUCAUCUGAGACCUGAGGCUUUCUCAGUAAGGAUUAUUUUUGUGGAAGGAGCAGCAGGAGGGACUGCUGCUGUCUUGUGUGUGCACACAGUCCUCUGGACUGCCUUUGGGAACUACAUCCACAUCCAGCCGUAUCCGUGGCGAUGGGGCUGCAUGGUGGAACAGCCGUCAGUCGUGGGAGUUUGAAGAAGGCACCGGCUCUCCUUCUUUGGAGGUUAGGACUGCUGUGCUUUUCCGUCUGGGCCCUGGAUGCUGAAAAUGCCGAAGAGACUAAACCCCUGUACAUCUGGAAGACAGGUCCGUGGGGUCGUUGCAUGGGCAGUGAGUGUGGACCCGGAGGCAGCCAGAGCAGGGCGGUGUGGUGCUCCCACCCUGAUGGAUGGACCACUCUGCACACCAACUGUGACCAGGCAGAGCGACCAGACAACCAGCAGGGCUGCUUCCGUGUGUGCGACUGGCACAAAGACCUGUACGGCUGGCAGCUCGGAGCCUGGAAUCAGUGUGUCCCGGUGGUGAUGCGAAACGGUGGGGGGCAGCGACCAGCUGUGUGCUCGCGGGGGGAGGAGGGCAUCCAGACCCGGGAGGUGGGCUGUGUUCAGAAGGCGGAUGGAGAACCGGCAGAAGACGCCAUCUGUGAAUACUUUGAGCCCAGGCCUCGGCAGGAGCAGGCCUGUCUCAUCCCCUGUCCGCGGGACUGCGUGGUGUCUGAGUUCACUCCAUGGACUUUGUGCUCUAAAACCUGUGGAAUGGGCUUACGGAACCGGGUUCGCAACGUUCUGGCGCCACCCUUGUUUGGGGGGUCAGCCUGCCCAAACCUGACUGAAUUUCAGACAUGUCAGGUGGGACCAUGCGAGGGGGAGGAGAGCCUUUACAGCCUCAGAGUGGGUCCAUGGGGCCCCUGUUCUGUGCCAAACUCAAGACAAACCAGACAAACUGACAAAGCACUCAAAGAGAACAAGAAAAGAUCCAAGGAUGCUGACAAAUUAUCAAGGGAGGGAAAAAAUCAGCCCAGGGAGAACAAACAGGUGGUGGGAGUAAACAAACAGAUGAGAGACGAUGAAAAACUGUACAAGGAGGUGGAGAAGACACCAAGACAGGACGAAAAAUCACCAAGAGAUGGGAAGAAAGCCUCUGCACCAAACAGAAAACGGAUCAAAGCAAAGAAGAAGGCCGACAGGCAAGCAGAUCGACCCAGACGACAGAAAAAGAUGAAGAACAAGGACAAAAGAGAGAAAAAGAGAAAGGAAGUCAAGGAGAGAUUAAGAGAGAGGGGCAAAGUCAAAGACCCUGAGACCAGAGAACUGAUGAAAAAGAGGAGGAACAAGAACCGCCAGAACCGUCCCGGAGGAAAGUUCUGGGAUCUGCAGGUUGGCUACCAGACCAGAGAAGUGAGCUGCCAGCACAAGAGCGGGAACAUGGAAGCUCUGAGCAUGUGCUCUCAGGAGAUGCUGCCAGUCACCUUCCAGGCCUGCGUCGUUCCCAGAGACUGCGAUGUGACCGAGUGGUCCGAGUGGUCAGCCUGUUCCAAGGAAUGCUACGACCCCAACACCCCCGGUGGGGGCCAGCGCACCCGAACAAGGAGAGUGAGCCAGUUCCCUCUGAGUGGAGGAGCAGAGUGUCCGGAGCUGGAGGAGAGUGAGCCGUGCAGCCCUCAGGCAGACACGGCGCCCACCUGCACACUAAACACCUGGAAGACCACUGAGUGGACGGAGUGCAGGGUGGAUGCACUGCUGAGCCAGCAGGACCGUCGUCGUGGAAACCAAACUGGUUUGUGUGGAGGAGGGAUCCAGACACGCGAGGUCUACUGUGUGCAAGCUGGUGCUGAAAUGCCCUCAAACCUGAGGACUAAAGACGCACUGCGACCAGUGGAUAGUGAGCUCUGCCAAGGCAUCCCGCCAAACACCACCCAGCUAUGUCACAUCAACUGUCCUGUGGAGUGUGAGGUGUCGCCAUGGAGCGCCUGGGGGCCCUGCACCUUUGAGAACUGUCAAGACCAAGCCACCAAGAAAGGCUUUAAACUGAGGAAGAGGAGGAUCAUCAAUGAGCCCACAGGUGGGAUGGGAAACUGCCCCCACCUGGUAGAAGCCAUCCCGUGCGAUGACCCCAGCUGCUUCGAGUGGCUGGUGGUUAAAUUGGAGGAGUGCGUUCCUGACAAUGACAGAGAAUGCGGUCCAGGGACUCAAAUUCCACAAGUCCAGUGUGUCAACAGCGAAGGUCUCUUUGUAGAGAAGCAGCUUUGCCGUGAUGCCAUCCUUCCUAUGCCAACUAUCUGUGAGGUGCCUUGCCCCAAAGACUGUGCCUUGAGCCCCUGGACCCAGUGGUCACCCUGCUCUCAUACCUGCUCUGGGAAAAAUGCAGAGGGAAAGCAGACCCGAGUGCGUUCCAUUCUCGCUUACAAUGCAGGGGAAGUGACAGGUAAAAUUGUGGCAUGGGUCACUGUGAUGCAGGGAGGAGUCCAGUGUCCCAAUGCUAGUGCUCUCCAAGAGGUGAGGAGCUGCAAUGACCAUCCCUGCACUGUUUACCACUGGCAAACUGGUCCGUGGGGGCAGUGCAUCGAAGACUCUUCGUUCCCCUACACUAACGUGUCAGUGGGCGUCACGCGAACGGACGAUGGAUCCUGUGCUGUGGGGAUGCAGACCCGCAAAGUCAUCUGUGUUCGUGUCAAUGUGGGACAAGUUCCACCCAAAAAGUGUCCUGAGAGUCUCCGCCCAGACACCGUCAGACCUUGUUUGCUUCCUUGCAGGAAAGACUGCAUUGUCAGCCCUUACAGUGAGUGGAGCCCCUGUCCGUCAACAUGUCCAGGAGGUGGUAAUUCCAAGAAAAAACAAGUUAGGAAACGGAUCAUCAUCCAGGUCCCAGCUAAUGGAGGACAAGACUGUCCUGAGGUUUUGGUCCAGGAAAGAGAUUGUGAAGCUCGUUCUGUUUGUCCUGGAUACAGAUGGAAAACCCACAAAUGGCGCCGAUGUCGACUGGUUCCAUGGUCGAUUCGGCAGGACAGUCCUGGCGCUCAAGAGACCUGUGGGCCGGGUCUGCAGUUUCGAGCCAUUUCAUGCCGGAAGCAGGACGGCGGUCAAGCAGACAUUGAGGCGUGUCUGAAGUCUGCCAGCCCCAUGCCGCCUCUCACCCAGCAGUGCCAUUUGCCCUGUCAGGAGGACUGUCAGCUCAGCAGCUGGUCCAAGUUCUCCUCCUGUACAGCCAACUGUGUGGGUGUCAGGACCCGAAAGAGGAGCCUGAUGGGAAAGAGUAAAAAGCGUGACCAGUGUAAAAACAACCAAAUGUACCCCCUGAGUGAGACCCAGUACUGCCCGUGUAAGAAGUACAAUGCCCAACCUGUUGGAAACUGGUCGGACUGCAUCCUUCCUGACAACAGCCGCAUGGAGGGCCAGCUUGGCAUGAAGGUGCAAGGGGACGUCAAGGAAUGUGGUCAAGGCUACCGCUACCAAGCAAUGGCGUGCUACGACCAGGACAGUCGCUUGGUGGAGACUUCUCGCUGCAACAGUCAUGGCUACAUCGAGGAGGCUUGUAUCAUCCCUUGUCCCUCUGACUGCAAGCUGAGCGAGUGGUCCAACUGGUCACGUUGCAGUAAGUCUUGUGGCAGUGGGGUCAAAGUUCGCUCCAAGUGGCUCAGAGAAAAGCCCUACAAUGGUGGGAGACCAUGUCCGAAACUGGACCACGUUAACCAGGCUCAGGUGUAUGAGGUGGUGCCAUGCCUCAGUGACUGUGGGCAGUAUGUGUGGGUAGCCGAGCCCUGGAGUGUGUGGAAAAUUAGCAACGUGGACCUGAGGAGCAACUGCGGUGAAGGUGUGCAGACCAGGAAAAUCAGGUGCAUGCUGAACACCAUAGAUGGGCCAUCUGAGCAGGUGGAGGACUACCUGUGUGACCCGGAAGAGAUGCCUUUAGGGGCCCGGAACAGCCAGCUACCCUGUCCUGGUGACUGUGUGUUGUCGGACUGGGGGUCAUGGAGCCCAUGUCCUCUGCCCUGCAAUGAGAACAGGACUCGUGAGAGGACUGCUUUCCCGCUGCGUCAGCCCGGAAACAACAAGACCUGCCCUCCUACCACAGCAACAGAGCCAUGCAAAAUGAACAGCAACUGCUUCCACUACUCGUACAACAUCACAGACUGGAGCACCUGCCAGCUCAGUGAAAAGGCCGUGUGUGGAUACGGCAUCAAGACCCGCAUGUUGGACUGUGUGCGCAGUGAUGGGAAAUCUGUGGACCCCAGCUUCUGCAAGAAGCUGGGUUUAGACAGGAAGCUGCAGAUGAAUGCUUCCUGCGUGGUGGAGUGUCCCGUCAACUGCCAGCUGUCUGACUGGUCAGCAUGGUCUGAGUGCACACGCAGCUGCGGCCUGGCAGGUAAACUGUGGAGGAGACGGACAGUGGUCCAGGCUCCUCAGGGAGACGGGAGGCCAUGCCCUUACCAAAUGGAACAGUGGAAGCCAUGCCCAGUUCAGCCCUGCUACAGCUGGAGAUACAGCGCCUGGUCUGUAUGCAGAUCUGAGGGGGCCAGGUGUGGUCAUGGGAUGCGCUUCAGGAAUGUGUCGUGCUUUGUGUCAGACGGUUCGGGUCAGCAGGACAGUGGUCUGGUGGAUGACGAGCUGUGUGCAGAUGUGGAGCUGUUGGUGGACGGAGAUGCCCAGAUCAUCCUCCAGGAGGCAUGCAUCAUUCCCUGCCCGGGCGAUUGCUACCUGACUGACUGGACUGUGUGGAGUCCGUGCCAGCUGAACUGCGUGAAUGGAGACGAUCUGGGUUUUGGCUCUGUCCAGGUUCGAUCCAGAGCUGUAGUGGCCCAGGAUCCUGAAAACCUGCUGCAAUGUCCAGAACAAGAGCUGGAGGCCCGGCCCUGCACAGGGGGGCAGUGCUUUGAAUACAAGUGGAGGAGCGGACCGUGGAGAGGCUCAUCUCGUCAGGUUUGGUGUGAGCGCUCAGAUGGACUGAACGUUACAGGUGGAUGUCUGCAAAGCUCCAAGCCGAUGGCUGACCGAUCUUGCCACCCGCCGUGUACCAAGCCUCGGUCAUUCUGCACUGAGGCCGGCGUCUGCGGCUGUGAAGAGGGCUUCACUGAAGUCAUGACCUCUGAUGGCCUGCUGGAUCAGUGCACCGUCAUCCCCAUGCUGGAGAUCCCCACCACAGGAGACAACAGGGCCGACGUCAAGACCAUACGAGGCUUUAACCCCACCCAGCCGGCAGCCAGCGCACCUGGCAGGGCGGGGCGCACCUGGUUCCUGCAGCCGUUUGGACCAGACGGGAAGCUCAAGACGUGGGUGUACGGAGUGGCUGCAGGAGUCUUCGUCCUGCUGGUCUUCAUCAUCUCCAUGACGUAUCUGGCAUGCAAAAAGCCGAAGAAGCCUCCGCGCCGGCAGAUGAACAACAGGCUGAAGCCUCUGACUCUGGCCUACGACGGGGACGCUGACAUGUAGACGUCCUCCAUGAGAAAAUGCCCAUCUCCUGUGCAGACCCUGUUCUGAAGCCUUUUGAGAGCUGCUCAGCCAGCGUCCAGGAACAACGGUCUUGACUGUGACCUCACAGCUCACACUCUGAGCUCAUGUUUAUUUCACAGCCUUGAUGUUUUUUGUCACAGGAGCCUUUACAAACUUUUGAUCUUCUUCUGGAAGUCUGCCUAUGCCUCUUCUUCUUCGUGUGCUGCCACUGGCUGCUUUCAGACCACAGGGUCUAGUUAAGAUAACGUCUUUGUGGAAAAGCACAAGUUUCCCACCCCCCUCCAGUGUUCCUUCCUUUUUGUAACAGCAUAGCUGCAUGAAUUUUUCUAUCAUUUGUUGAUUUUCCAAGAACCCUUGUUUGUCUUUGUGGCCUGGGUGCAGCUUUUAGGAAAAAUACAAUCAGAAGCGAGAGUCGCCAGCUCCGUCGCCUGUCCUCCCUUCUGUUCUCCAGGCAUAAUUUUUGCACUAUAUUAGUGCAGCAUGACACGUGCGCCUCGCUUCGCCAUAUCAAACUGCCUCUCUUAAUUCAAGAUAUGCACAAUCUUGUGCAAGAUAUGUAAAAACAGACUUUUUUUUGCAAAGUUUUGUAAAAAAAAAAAAAAAAAGAAAAGAUAAAAAAAGGGAUUCUCCAUUACCUCUUGUAUGCAAAACAUUGAAUUCUGUAUAGAUUUGUCUGUAUUUUCAACUUUAACUUUCUAGUUUGUACAGCUGACAUCCCAAACCCUGCAGGACUCAUUCACUUGCUAAUGAUGUUUUGACUGUGAGGAUGUUUUUUAAUUUUUCCUCUGUAAGUUAACAUUUAAAAUCAACGACUCAUUUUAGACAUGGGAAUCUUUAGAAAUGACUCUGUAAAAAAGAACGAUGCUCCACAGUGGGUGUUACUUCUGUUUCAAGUCAAACCUGUGUGUUGUGGAUGGGUGCGCCCACACAGGAAGUGGAAAUGAUGGUCGCCCUCAAACUGCUUCCAGAAACUUGCAUGCCUUUGUGAUGUAGAUGUAAAGAGGAUGUACUCAUGAGGAGUAAUUAGGAUUUGGGCGAAGGGCAGAAAACAAAGGUGAGUCACAUAUAUGAGGCGGUUUUUUGAGUAAUAAGACUGGAAGAUUGAAUCAGUCAAGCUCAUCUGGGUUUGCCCUGUUGCUUUUAGUAAAUCUGGAGUCAUAAGCUCCUCCGGGUUUCUUAAACUAGUUGUCUGUGUGAUGGUGCAGUCAUGAAGCUCUAUUCCUGAUGUACAUUUCUAAACAUAAAGCACAUUUUACUUUGGAAAAUGUGACCCAACAAAGCGGGCCAUCGUCAGAAACUCACCAUAAGAGCCCGGAGUGAUGUUGAGUUUUUGUCGUUUUUCAGAUUUUGUGACUGAAUCACCUCUGACUUUGGAAGUGUGGCUUAUUUUUUGUUGGUUGAGAAAGAGAGAUGAAUGCAUAUGAAGUGGAUGAACGGGAACAUAAAUGAACAUUUGGUCCAGGGUCAAAUUGCUCAUCCAUGGCAGACGUCGUGUUGACUGGCGAUGGCGAAUGGCGUUUCGGUGUUCUGUGCAGUUAGUUGCCUGUAAGUUUAUGGAAUGUCUAAGUUUUAUUUCUCAGAAUUUGAGUUGCAAAAAAAGUGCUAUAUAUUUCUUUUGUAAAUUAAUAUUUAUUGUUUUUGUAAUAUAUUGUGUUUCCUCUUUUUUACUGCACAAGAUCUAACUAAGAACAAACUGGAGGCAUGAAUGUGGGUGUGGUUAAAGCAACUUUUCUUGUUAAAAACUUAAUGGCUGAUCAACUCUUGUCUUUUCCUACUGUUUAUAUGUAUUUGAAUAACAGCUGAAAUAAACAAUGAAUUAUUGGUA